CCAACCCCCGGCGGGGCGGGGCCGGGCCAUGGCGAGCGGGCCGCGGGGCGCCUGGAGCGAGUGGCCCGUGGAUCACUUCCUGCGCACCGGGCGCAUCGCGGCCAGGGACGGGGCCGCCGUGCGCUGGUUCCACGCCGCCAACAGCCGGGCCCGGGCCGCGGAGGCCGCGCGAAGCGAUGUGCACAUGGUGGAGGUGGAUGUUGUGCUCCGGGGAGGGGACAGGGAGCCCAUCCUGGCCCACCCCCCGGACACUGACAGCGACAUCACCCUGCAGGAGUGGCUGGCACAGAUGGGCAGCACCGACAAAGGCAUCAAACUCGACUUUAAGAGCCUGGCCGCCGUGGGACCCUCUCUGGAGCUGCUGGGGCAGCUGGGGCAGGGCCUGGACAGACCCGUGUGGCUGAACGGGGACAUCCUGCCGGGGCCCUGCGGGAGCUGCGCACCGCUGGACGCCCGCGCCUUCCUGGGCGCUGUCACCUCCUCCUGCCCUGAUGCCACCCUGUCCCUGGGCUGGACCACGGGCUGCCACCGAGGGCAAGGCUACGCGUGGCCGCUGGUGCAGGAGAUGUGGCGGCGCUGCCGCGCGCUGCCCCAGCCGGUGACGUUCGCGGUCAGGGCUGCGCUGGUGCCCGGCUCCAUCCCGCAGCUGCAGUGGCUGCUGCAGCAGUGCCACAGGUUCAGCCUCACUGUUUGGACAGGAAAGGAGGAUGUGUAUUCUGUAGAAGACUUGCUUCUCAUCCGAGAAAAUUUUGAUAAAAGUAGAGUUUAUUAUGACAUUUUUGAGCCACAAAAUUCUGAAUUCAAAAAAGCCAUUGGAAUGGAAUAGUGGAUGCAAAGCAGGCAAUGCCUGACCCUGUAGUGCUUUACAUUGUAAACCCCUUUAAACCGAGGAUGUUUUUACUGAAAGAAAUGCAGUGUCCUUGCCAGAAGGGCCGUGUGGAGCAGGCCUGUGGCUGUUGGAGGAGAUUUUGGCUGGCCCUGUGUAGCAAGGCCUCUCAGACAGAAAUGCAGUGCCUUCCCAUUGUCCCUGCUCGUGGCGUGGUACGCUGGUGCCACACUGCAGGAGGGGAGGGUGGCACUGCCAGCUGCUCUGCCCGUGCUCACUGUGCCCGUGGUCCCCAAGGCCUGGCAGUGCCAGAGCAGUGCCGUGGCCAGCGAGCAGCCCUGGCUGCUGCUCUCAGCUGGGCUGGCUGUGGCAGCAGUGACAGCGCUGUCCCCACACCCGGGUUGUCCCCAGCAGGGCUGUCCCAGCAGGGCUGUCCCACUCUGGGCUGUCCCCAGGGCUGCAGUGACCUUCCCCAUGGCUCUCAGGCUCUCAGCCCUCGCUGGGCUCCUGCAGCUCUCAGAAUUCUCCACAGUGCAAAUUUCCCAGAUCAGAGCUAAACCCCUGCUAACCACCUGCAGGAAGAGCCUGACCUGGUCCAUUAAAACCAUUUAUUGCCUCUUGCUGCUGCAGUUCCCCAGAAUUCACACGACUGAGACACUGGCCCUGUGGCAUUGGCUUCUGCCAGGCAGCACAGCCUGUAGCAGGCACAGGGCCAGUUACAGCUCCGUGGAGGGAUGUUUAGAGAUAGGUAUUUGCUGAGUCACAGGAAUUGAACCAGGAGUCCUCACUCUGGUCCUCCAGGCCUGCUUAUCUCUCUGUGACCCCACAGGCUAGCUUCCCUAACCCUUACAAUUGGUCAGUUUUCAAUCCUCCCUAACCCUAUAAAAGAGGCUGUCUUGGCCCAUUUCUUUAGAAGAGCAGCUUCAAGACCCUUCACAAGACCCUCAGAAUAAACCAUCGUGGAACCCUUGGCCGCCUUCUCCUCUCUCUUUCCUCUGCCUUCUAGGAGCCACGGCCAGCCACAGCCCCUACGAGCAAUCUGAGAGCUGAAAUCAUAAAAGAGCUGAUUUGCACUGAGAGCUGACAAUCACUGAGCUUGCUAGGGGCCACGGCUGUGCUGCAGUCUGGCCUAGGGCACCCCAGCCUCCAGAGGGCUGAGGUGCCCUAGACUUGCUUGAGCAACUCUAGGGCCUUGAGGAUUUAAUCACUUCUCCAGCGAUUAAAUCCUCAGAGAUUUAAUCUUGAGACUGCUUGCCUGGGGUGCUUACCCUACGAGGGACCAGCUAUCCAGCUAAGGAGCUAGCCCCUGUGGCUUCAUUUUAUUUUACAACAGAUGAUACCAGAAAAACCAGAGGUUUCUUCCACAACCACACAGGACAUUUUAGCUUCUGAAAAACAGCUAAUGCCCUGCGAAGCAUUACUUUGUCAACUUCUUGUCCACCUUUUCCCAUUCCUCUCACGUGGUUCCUGUGGGACUUGCAUUAACUCAUCUGUUAACCUAACAGAUGCUGUACACCACAUUUUACAGGCUGUUAGUACUAAAGUAAAUUACAGUAAUUUUUGGCUCUUACAUGGCAAUGGUACAGCUGUGAUAGAAAAGGUUUUCUUAAUCCUAAAUCUUAAAUUAUCGUGAUCUUACAUUAAAAUUCAAGACGCCUUUUGUUACCUACUAAUCCUUUGCAAGAUUUAUCUAAUAGUUGUUCUCUCUUAUUGAGGGGUAGAACUUUCUUCAUUUUUGUCAUUUACUAAGGUGUGCUUGGCUAAAAUUAGGAACAAAAUUUUCCACAUUAGAAGAAAACGACCUGAUUAUACUUGGGAUAGCUAAACAGAGUACUGGAUUUAAUUUAGUCACUCCUAAAGUGAGUGGCAGUAACCACCAAAGGGUCAGGCUUGGCUGUGUGAUUUCUGCUGUGAGUUUGGAGAAGUGAUUAAAUCCUCAGCUGUGGCUUGUUGCAGGCAGUUGCAUUCAUUGAUUUGCAGGAUUUCAUCUCUCAGUGGUCGGCCUCUUUGGGACCACAGGCACACAUUCUUCUGCUGUUUGGAAAUCUUCCCACUGACCAGUUCCCACCUGAAGUGCUGGGAUUUCUUAAAAGUCAUUAAACUAUUAAGUAAGAAACAUCAGCGACUGCCAGAAGUAUUUUUAAGGAAGAGGUAUAUCUGAGCAAUAUCUCUGGAUGUUAGGAAAUAGGAUAAUCAGAUAAAAUUAGACAUCAUCUGGGCUACCAGGAAAUGGCUAUGUGCUGAGUAUGAUCAUUCUGUAUGGAUUAUUCUAUAGAUAUGAAUUUCUGUAAGUAAUUUUACCUGUGUAUCUUUGCUAGUCCCCUGUGAAGUUGUUUAUGUCAGUUUAGUCUGACUUGCACAUAAAUAAAUUAAUUUGAUUUUGUU